AUGUCUCUCUUUGGACUCGGAGGCGCUUCCUCUGCAAGCGCUGGCAACGCCGCUGUCAGCUCGGCUCAAAUCGAAGCUGCCACCGCCGAACUCGACAUGGUCACCGACGUGUUCAACCGUCUCGUCUCGUCUUGCCACGCCAAAUGCAUCUCGACAAGAUAUGCCGAGCCCGACCUGAACAAGGGCGAAAGCAUCUGCAUUGACCGUUGUGUAAGCAAAUUUUUUGCUGUCAACGGCAAGGUAAACGAGCUCAUGCAAACCAUGGGUCAAGCUGCACAGGGCGGUGCUCCUGGAGGCUCUGGCUCGUUCUUCGGUUAG